AGGAAGAGGGAUGUACGAGGAGCGGCAGCAGGUCUGGUUCAGUGAGUCAGAGCGCGGCGGCGUCCACGAUGUUCACAUCCACCGCGGAGUAGAGAGCAAGCAGCAGCACGCGUUCAGGUCAGCCGUCAGAGCAGCAGCAGGACUCCAACUCCCAGAAUGCCCGAGCAGAGCAACGACUACCGGGUGGUGGUGUUUGGGGCCGGUGGCGUCGGGAAGAGCUCGCUGGUGCUUCGCUUCGUCAAGGGAACCUUCAGAGACACAUACAUCCCCACUGUGGAGGACACCUACCGACAGGUGAUCAGCUGUGAUAAGAGCGUGUGCACACUGCAGAUCACCGACACCACAGGAAGUCACCAGUUUCCCGCCAUGCAGCGCCUGUCAAUCUCCAAAGGCCACGCCUUCAUCCUGGUCUACUCCAUCACCAGCCGCCAAUCACUGGAAGAGCUCAAGCCCAUCUACCAGCAGGUUUUGGCCAUCAAAGGCAGCGUGGAGUCCAUUCCCAUCAUGCUCGUGGGCAACAAGAGCGACGAGACGGCGCAGCGCGAGGUGGAGACCAAGGAGGGCGAGGCGCAGGCCGGAGCCUGGAAGUGUGCCUUCAUGGAGACGUCGGCCAAGAUGAACUCCAACGUGAAGGAGCUGUUCCAGGAGCUGCUGUCGCUGGAGAAGAAGCGCGACAUGAGCCUGAGCAUCGACGGCAAACGCUCGGGCAAACAGAAACGAGCCGACAAGCUCAAGGGCAAGUGCAGCCUCAUGUAGGCCGGCACGGGACUGCAGGGACUGCAGAGCGGCCCGCUCGCUGCAAUCAGCUCUAUUCCCAAAG